GGGGAUCCUGGGGAGGUGGCAGUCCGGAGUCUAGGCGACGGGGCGAGACGGGGCCGGUAGGUGGCGGGAGGGGGCCGGGCCGGAGCCGGCGGGAGGGCCAGGCCCGGAGGCCCCCACCCUGGCGUGCCCGCCCCGGCCGCGGCUGAGGAGGAGGAGGAGGAGGAUGAUCUCCAGAUACACUCGGAAGGCCGUGCCACAGAGCUUGGAGCUGAAAGGAGUAACAAAACAUGCUCUUAAUCAUCAUCCCCUUCCAGAGCAGCUGGAUGAAAUUUUCCCUGCCAGUAACAGCCAUGAAAAAGAUACCAGUUCCCAGAGUGAGUCUGACUUCACACAAGAAUCACCUUCUACAUCAACUGACACUGGGAAUUCAAGGUCUGCUUUUCCAAGUUAUACAGGCACAGGGAUAUCUACUGAAGGCAGCUCGGACUUCUCCUGGGGAUAUGGUGAACUUGAUCAAAAUGCCACUGAGAAAGUCCAGGCAAUGUUCACAGCCAUUGACGAGCUCUUGUAUGAGCGGAAGUUGAGUGUGCAUACAAAGAGUCUACAGGAAGAGUGCCAAGAGUGGACAGCUAGCUUUCCUCACCUCAGGAUUCUAGGUAGGCAGAUAAUCACUCCAAGUGAAGAUUAUGGGUUGUAUCCUAGAUGCCCUUCUGUUCUUUCAGCUUCUCGUGAAGCAACCCUGCCUCAAGAAAGAGAUUCUACAAUAUUUGGUAUAAGAGGAAAGAAGUUACAUUUUUCGUCUCCUUAUGCUCAUAAAGCAUCUUCCAUUGCCAAACCCCCUAGUGUGCAUGCUUUGGAAAAAGAAGAGGAAGACUGUAUAAUCGCAGAGGGAAUGAUCGAGGAAUAUCUAGCAUUUGACCACACAGAUCCGGAAGAGGAAUUGCAUGGAAAGAAAUCAGAAGCAGCUACAGAGAAACAGAAGUUAGGGUACCCUCCCAUUGCUCCAUUUUACUGCAUGAAGGAGGAUGUCCUGGCUUAUGUGUUUGACAACGUGUGGAGCAAGGUUGUCGGCUGUGUGGAGCAGUUGAUACGUACUCACUGGGAGGGAUUUACUUCUGAUGACGACAGUAAUGUUGCAGUCACCAGACUGGACUCUGAAAGCCCCUGUGUGCUGAGUGAACCACAGCCUUUGGUGUUACCUCGCGUGCCACAGUCUAAGGUGCUGUCUAUCACCUCAAAUCCGAUGAGUCUCUGUCAAGCAAGUGGUCAUCAGCCAAAUGUGAAUGGUCUCUUGGUUCAUGGAAUGCCUCUACAGCCAAGAAAUCUCUCCCUAAUGGACAAGCUCCUAGAUCUUGAUGACAAGCUACUUAUGAGGCCUGGGUCCAGCACCAUCCUUUCAUUCCGAAAUUGGCCAAAUCGAUCCACGGAGCUCCUCACUGCAUCGUAUCUGUCCUACACAGUGCAGUCCGCCAGGAGACGUAAUCCCCCGCCACGUACUCUUCAUCCCAUCAGCACAAGCCAUUCAUGCACUGGGACUCCAAAACCUGCAGAAGAAAUCUUCAGAGGAUCCUGGGUCCCAGUCGCAGCCGAUUCGCUGUCUCCCUCACCAUUGCCCCUGAGUCGAAAUAAUCUGCUGCCACCUAUUGGCACAGCUGAAGUGGAACAUCUGAGUGCUGUGGGGCCACAAAGGCAAAUGAAACCGCACGGCGAUUCAAAUCGAGCUCGAAGUGCAGUGGUGGAUGAGCCUAAUCAGCAGCCUCAAGAGAGGCUCCUUUUACCUGACUACUUCUCCAGGCCCAACACAACUCAGUCAUUUCUGCCAGACUCCCAGUAUGGUCGUUCAUUUGCAAUUGAGUAUCCUCAUAAGGCCCGACCUGGUAGGGGAUUUGCAGGUACAGGUCCUCAGUUACACGAAUCUACAAAAUCUCAAAGCAGAGGUGGACCAGUCUCUAGAACCAGGCAGGGACCAUAGGGCAAAUGAGAAGAACCUAUCAGGCUGCAGAAAACACAUGGGAAGAUUACACCAAUCAGUGUUGAGUCACCAGGUGAUGCAGAGCUUAUGUACAAGAUCAACUUGAAAUCAUCUUCAUGAAGAGCUAUUUAAGACUGAGAAAAACACAAUAGACUGUCUGCCAAAGAUUACAUGGGUAUCGUUUCUAUCUCCAGUUACUAUCUUCUUUCAGCUUAAGUGAAUCCAUUCCUCUGGACAAUAAAAUUUGUACCCAAAGCUGUAACAAAGA